UCCGAAUCUUUCUUCUAUAGUCACACACGUACACAGCAACCAAAGUAUUCAUUUCAUCACGCCAGCAAUAUACUCACUUGGAGACCCUUACUCGUUUCUUCUCUCGCAAAAUCUCAAGAUCGCCACUUAGUCACCAUGGGCAUUACCUGCGACGAAUGCCACCAGCUCUGGAGCCAGUCGGUUGCGGAACCCAAAGCAUGCACGAACACGAAGUGUAAUUACGGCAUGGUCAAAUGCUGCGGUAACAGAAGUGGCUGCGGCAGAACCGGUUGCUUUAAGGGAGAGAAAUAUUGUCCGACGUGCAAGGGCGCGGGGCAGGUUGUAUACUGCAGGUAUUGGAAAUCACACGGGCCCGGCGGGACACGGCCGCCUACGCGGCGGUAGAUUGCGCAUUCAGCACUGGUCCAAAGAUGGGGGUUGGUUGGUUGGUUGGGCAUGGCGAGCUGCUUGAUUCGGAUGUCACCUGUUGGGUAUUAUUGCGGAGUAGGGUACUAGAGGCCGAGAUUCGCUGGGCUUUAGUCGGGGGCCGGAGCUGGACUUCGAGGGCGUGAUGAGGAUGAUGAUGUAUUUACACAGGUGUUUUUACCCCACACAAUGGGCCUCCUAAAUCAAACGUUAUGGCUGGUCCAUGACUUCCAU